AUGACAGAGUACGACUACUCGCCAGAGGCCUACGAACGCUACAUGGCCAAGCAGCACUCCAUUGCUAACUGGGUCAGCAAAACAAAUUCCUACCCCCCGGCCAACCCAUUUGUGCCUACCACACCCGCCGUCCAGGCCAAGUCACUUCAACGCGAUAUGACAAGGUCAAACACCUCACCCGCUGUGGCGUACCCAGCGCACGGUAAUCAACCUUACGUUCACUCCGGAAAGCAACCGCUCGUCGUCCCGAUAGGCGGCGGUCAAUACGUAGUCGUUCCUCCGAAGGGCACUCGAAUGGAAAUGAUGCAUCAAGCCAAAUAUCCGCAAUACAUCCCUCAACCCGCCCCCAUCCCUGUACCUCCGCCUGUUAUGCCCUCUCCAACCAAACAACAACCUCUCCUCAAACGCUUGUUUACCGGCCUUACGCGAGGUGGUAGCAAGCAAACGUCGAACGGGAGUGGAAUGUUCGGCAAGGGGCGCCGGGGGAGGAGGAACAGUUAUUGA